GGAGUGAACCUGCUGCCGCGCGGCCCCGCCGGCGCCGGCCUCCCACCGCCGGCAGGCUCUGCUCAGAGCGCGGGGGCGGCGCACAGGCAGAAGGAGUCUGCGGCCAGGAAGCGGCUGCAGGAGCUGCACGGCGUGCUGAGCGGCGAGGCGCGAAGGCAGAGCGUCGCCAAGGCCGAGGGUUUCUCUGACGCGAUGAUACGCUGGCUGGAGGGGACGUCGCAGCUGAGCGCGGCGGAGCAGCUGCGGGCGGUGCUGGAGAAGGUUCUGGAGAAGGGCGAGGCACGUCGCGACGCCAGCCGUCGCCUCGUAGAGGACGCCGUCCACCUGCUGGAGGACCCGGAGAGCGACUUCAGCCGGGAGGUGGCCACGCUGCAGCCACUCCGCUACACCCAGUAACUGUCGUAAAUCCACAGUGUGUUCCAAAUAAAGCUCCUGGAAAAAGUUUACA